AUGUUUGAUCCCAGGGUGCAUGUGCGAUACUUUCUCCGGUGUCUCGGGGUUCUGCCGUCGAUCUACGAAGCCGAAGAGUCCAACAAGCUCGCGCUGAUCUAUUUCUGCGUGUGCGGACUGGAUCUGCUCAACGCGCUCGAUCAGCUGCCCGAGAAGGUUGAGACGAUCGACUGGGUGUACAGCCACUGGGUCGAGAACGACGACUAUGGCGGCUUCCGCGGGUCGGCCAUCUACAGGGACACCGGGCCAUACGAUGUGCCGAACCUGGCGGCCACCGGGUUUGCAUUGCAAAUUCUAGUGACGCUGGGCGACAACCUUUCUCGGCUCGACAGGAACAAGGCUCGCCGCUUUGUGGCUCGGUGCCAACGGCCCAACGGCUCCUUCAGCCCGGUGGUGGGCUUUGGCGAGGAAGAUCUGCGCUACUGCAUGCUGGCCAUGACGAUCAGCCGGCUCCUGGAGGGCACGGCGGUGGACAGCGGCCGACUUUUCGAGUACGUGCGGUCGACGCUUGCUUUCGACGGAGGACUGUCUAUGAGCGCCGGCGGCGAGUCGCACGCAGGGCUGACGUACUGCGGGCUGGCUGCGCUCAAACUGGCCGGCAGGCUGGAUUUGCGCGAGUGGCAGCCGACGGUGGAUUUUCUGGUGCAACGGCAGAUUCACUACGGCGACUUCAACGAGCGCGAGCUCGAGAACGAGUACGCAGAUGAAGACGACAACGGCGCGUUCAACGGCCGCGUCAACAAGUACGGCGACACGUGCUACGCGUUCUGGUGUCUUGCGGCGCUGGAGCUGCUCGGCAAAGCAGACCUGGUGGAUGCUGCGGCCGUAAAGCGUUUCUUGCUGGAGCAGACACUGUCGCCGACAAUGGGUGGCUUCUGCAAAACCAACGCGCCGGACGAGCUGCCAGACCCGCUGCACUCGUUUCUGGGCGUCGCAGCGCUCGGCAUCAUAGGCACUCCCGGCAUUGCUCCGGUAGACGUGACAGUGGUGUUACGGAAGGACAGAGUGGUCUAG